GGGGGGGGUAGGUGGGUCCGUCAGCUGGAGCCCCCAACGAACGCGCCCUCGGCAAAAGGGGUGGGGAGUUGAGUGCGCUCCGCGCCGACGGGACUGCCGGACAGAAAGCCAAAAAAAAAAAAAAGAAAAAAGGAGCCGCCGCUCUGCGGACGGGGAAAGCGCGGGGGUUUCUGCUGCGGAUCGCUACGGAGCCCGAGGAAUCGAGCCGGCUGGAGGACUAGCAGCAGCAGAGUCGGCGGCGGUCGGCCAGCCAGCCAAGCCCGCCCGCCCGUCCGGCUAAGCUGGCCAAGCUGGGUGUCUUUGCCUUGCUCGCCCCGAGGGGAAACCGAGGCGUCGUCGGAGGCUGCGGAAAGCGAGGCGGCACCAGUGGGCGGGCUUGGCUAACCCCUGCCCUCAAAAGGGGGCUCCCUCUGCCGCGCCGGCGAGGCUCCCUCUGGACGGAGCUACAAGUGCUGAGGGGAGCGGCACGAGAAGUUUGCCGUCCGUGGGGAAGGAAGGCGGUCGAGCGGCGCAACCUUUCCGGGGACCCCCGGCAGCUGGUCGCCGCGGUUCGGGCUCUUCCUCGCCUUCCCCUCGCGCCCUCAGAGGCAUGCCCCUGCCUGCCGUGCCCUCCCGGAGUCCUCCCUCCAGGCCAGCCUUCUGCGCCUCCGGGUAGCGACCUUCCCUUCCUUCUUUCUUUCCUUCGGCCGGGUCAGCCGCUUGGUGGGACGCGCGUGGAUGCGCACGCGCGGCGCCCCCUUCGCUCGGGACUCGCGGGUGGGUUCGCCACUAGGCACCAGCCGCCUCUCCGCCUGGCUUCUGCCGCCGCGCCCCGUCUGGGAUCUUUCCCCGAGGAAAGCGAAGAACCAAACGCCACUUGGCACCGACGGGCUGCUUGAAGUCGUGGAAGGCAGCCUUGCUUCGCCGCUCUUAGAAGGGAAAGUUGGAGGUCGUCGCCGAUGAAUCUCCAUCCUCGAAGGGGAGGAGGAGGAGGAGAAGGAGGAGAAACCGGGCUGUAAAGAGGUCGUCGCCCGCUGAAACAAAAUGUCUUCUGGCUUGGCUGGGCUGAAGAGACCCCGCUGGACACCCCAGGAUGAUUGCUGACAGCCAAAUCCUGUGGUCCUUCUCUAAAAUGCUUCUAUUUGGGAUUAAGUGUGUCGAAGGGCGAGGGAGACCUGGCUUGUGAAACUUAUCUUGAGUCCCCCUCCCCCUCUUUUUUUUUUGGCUUUGGGGGACUUAUGGCUUCAAUGGCUCCAUCUCUUAAGCGAAGCAGUAGGAAAGAUGCCAACGUCCUGCCGAGCGCAUCCUCAACUUUCUGGGCAAUCAUGAUCUUGGUUGGCCUUUUAAUUGCUUAUUGCAGUCAGUUGGCUGCAGGUACGUGUGAAAUUGUUACUUUGGACAGAGAUAGCAGUCAGCCUCGAAGAACUAUAGCCCGACAAACAGCUCGUUGUGCAUGUAAAAAAGGACAGAUUGCCGGCACUACAAGGGCAAGACCAGCAUGUGUAGAUGCACGCAUUAUUAAAACAAAACAAUGGUGUGAAAUGCUUCCAUGUUUAGAAGGAGAAGGCUGUGAUUUGCUAAUCAAUAGAUCAGGCUGGACCUGUACACAACCCGGUGGGAGAAUAAAGACAACCACGCUGGGACAAAGCCAGAGUAUACAUGGAAGCUAUGUUCAUCCAAACUUUGGCCUGUUAAGUCUCCUGACAAAUGCAGCAACGAAGAAAUCUUGUAGGCAUUUUUAGGCUCGGUGUGAGCCACAUUCCCUAAUCAAGUUUCAUUGCUGUGGAUCAUCAUCCAUUUUAUGUCAUCAAUUCAACUGUCUAUUUCUCUGUAUUUCAUCGAAGAAGGCAUAAUUCUACAUUAUGAGCUAAAAGUCUGUUCUACCCUAUUAAAGAAAGUUGGACUAAGGAAUCAAGAUCUAAGAGAAAGGCUUGGGCGUUAGCAAUACAACAAUCAAAACCACAAGUUCACGGUUAAUAUUGCAUCUGAGUUACGUUCCUGCUGGACUUGAUCUGUGGUUACAAUAAUCUGAAAAGUCAACUAAACUGAAGAGUACUCAUCCCAACCAGCCUUAGAGAAGACUGUUUUGUCUACAGAAGGACACUAAGGUAUAGAAGACAAUUUUUCUUGUGCCCUAGACUGCCUGAAUUGCUUUUAUUUUCUUAUGUUUCAGUAUAUACAAUAGACCAAAGAGCAAAAUCUAUUUUAAAGUGGACACGAUGUUACUGUUAACAAGAUUGUUUAGAUUCAACAGUAUGAAAACCACCCUGUACAAAUUCAGUUCACUCUGUGAGGAAACGUUACUUUCCAGCAAAAGCCUUUAUGGGACACUGCAGAAGAAGCUGGAGCUCCUCUUGGAAAAAAGUACCCUAAAAAUCACAAGGGAACAUGGAGAGAUUAUGACCAAUCUUAAAGAAGAAAACAGAACUUUUGAUUCAAAACAAGACAAACUGUCUACGCACCACUUUAUUCUGUGCUUAGAUUGACUUAUCGUACUAAAAUCAUUCUAAGUUUAACCAGUUCAACAUGCCUCUUCUAUGGUUCCAUUCUUUGGUCGUUAAAAGUUGGAUAAUACAGUAUUUGCAAAGAGCAUGUUUGGUCAUCUGUGGCCUAUGUCUCAUCCGAUACAUUUAGCGCCAGAAAGCAAAUCCAGGGGGAAGAUGGGGGGGGAGGGGAAAGUAACACUUGUUUGAAAGAGAUCAUUAAAUGUAUUUUGAAAAGCCUAAAGUUAUAUAUUUAACAGUUUUUAUAUGUUGUAUAUUUGUAGAAAAUCCUAUUUAACAAUUAACGUGGACGGUCAUGACAAAAAGGUUCAGAGUUGAGUUGUUGUUUUUAUUACUUCAGUUGUCUCUGAAGUGACUGAUGUAGUUUGCUUUCUUCCAUUGGGACAUUCUGGAUGUAAAGCAUGACCAGAGAGGAAUCUGUAGAAAAGCAAAGAAUAAUGGUGUUUAUAUUACAUAAAUGCAUUCAACCAUUGCACUGUUGAAAGGCUUCCUUUCUCUCUUCUCUUCCUCUUCCUCUUUUCUUUGUUUCUUUUCUUUUUGUUUUCUUUCCUUCUUCUUUUUCCUUUUCCUUUUUCCCCUCGGAAGGGAGUGAUAGUCUUUUAAAUGCCAGUAAAACAGUGUAAAAUAGUUGAAUAGUCAUUACUUUCCAUACUCAGUUGCAUUCUUUCUAUCUCCCUACCAUGCCACCUCCCCCCUCCUUCCUAAUUUAGUAUAAAGGCCUUGUUCCUUGAUCAAGAUAUACAUUUUUUUUUACAUCACAUUUUUGAAAACUCCCUUAUUCAAUAUUACAGUAGAAAAAAAAAGUUAAAGGAAAGUGGUAUUUCAAAAAGGAAAAAAAAACGGAAAAGCAUUGAUACCUUCAAAUAUAGUAUCUCCUUUGUCUAUAAGUCUGGCUCAUAGUGAUAUGAUUAGGUCAGGAAACGGGCUUACUUCUUCCCCUCCAAAAUAUUUGUCAAUAUUAAAGUUAUUCCCAAUGUCCACUGUAGUAUACUACCUAAAUACUCCAAUUAACUUUUAGUAUUAUGCUAGUUCUAUGCUACUAAAGAAAAAUGUAUAGGGAUUGUUCAAACAAUCAUAGAUUCCCCCAUAGAUGGGGGAAAAUAGUUCAUUUAAUCAAGACCUCUCCCAGUUUUCAAUAUUAUUUUAUUGCACAAGUUGAGUAAAUCAUGAAUUAUAGGUGACAGUGUCUAUGAAUAAAACAUAUGUGAUGAUGGUCUUACUUCACUGUAAAAGUUCUGAUCAGUGUCCAGAUAGCAAUUAAAGCCCAGCCACUUGAAAAGAAUUAUGAACUGACUGCACUAUAAAUGACCAAUGUCUGAUAUAAAAUGUCAUGCAAUAAAUGAUGGUAGAUACUUCACCUGUAUAAUAAGAAUUGGAGUGCCAGAUCCCUCACUCUACUGUUAUUCUUCUUUUCUUUUUUCCUUUUUUCCUUUUUUUGGAGGGAGCGUAGUAGCCUUAUUUAGUCAAUACUGAACAAAACUUAAAAUGUUUCAACUUUUUUUGUUGCUUUACAGUAUUCAGUUUUGUGUUGGUUCAGCUAAAUUAUGAAAAAAAAAUAAAAUCAUUUUAUAAGUGA